CAAAAUGGCGUCUGAUUUGUUUCUUAUAGCUCUAGGAGACGGUCUGCUGGAGCUGGCAGGCGGUGACGUGUUAAUCCUGCGUCUGGGGACACAGAGGGAGCAGGUGAGAGGAGGAGAGGACAGGCUGGGGGCAGACAUGGCGGAGUAUAAGAUCCGGGGUUACCGAGACUCGGACUACGAUGUGGUGCGGGAACUCUUCUCUCACGGUAUGAGCGAAUACGUCCCCGGCGUCUGCAUUCACGUCCUCAAGCAGCCCUGGGUCUUCUUCGUCCUCACCUGCGUCUUCCUCACGCUGCUCAGCAGCUCCAAAUCCUUCAGCUUGCCCUUCAUGGCCGUCGUCUUGCUGCUGGCGUUGGGCCGCCAGCUCCUCGGCUACUGCUGGUCCAUGUACAUCGACCACUGCCUGCAGGAGGACCUGCAGGACAUCCAGAAGACCUACAUGGAGGGCGAGGGUUCCCACUUUUGGGUGGUGGACGCCGAGGAGCGCAUCGUAGGGACAGUGGCUGCGAAGCCUUCGGAGGAGAGCGGCGAGGAGUUAAUCUUGAAGCGGAUGUCGGUCAGGAAAGACUUCAGAGGGCUCGGGAUCGCCAAGGCCUUAUCGCGGGAGGUUAUCGGCUUCGCCAGGCGGGGAGGCUACAAGGCCGUCAUCCUCAACACGCUGAUGGUCCAGGUGGAGGCCAAGAAGAUGUAUGAGAGUGUGGGCUUCAAGAAGUACCUGGAAUAUGUCAUGCCCACCGUAUACGGGAAGCUGAUCAACUUCACCAUCUCCAAGUAUCGCUAUGACGUCUUCCCGGCCAGCUAGAGACCGAGGGAGGACCAAGGACUGUUCUUACCUGUAACUCAGGGGACCGUCAACCGCUACGACUGCAGUUCUACCAACCGUCAACCGCUAUGACCACAGUUCUACCAACCGGCAUGACCACAGUUCUACCAACCGUCAACUGCUACGACCACAGUUCUACCAACCGUCAACCGCUUUGACCACAG